CGUAUUUGUCCCCCCCCCCCUCCUUAGCUUACAUUUCUUUCCCUCUUCCUCCCGUAACCGCCGUGGCUUAUGAUUCAGAAGUUUAAUUCCAACGACAUUGUUGGCUGAGUUCGUUCACAAAUCCAAUCUAGUCACUAAGGUUUAACGAAGUGAUUAUACCGACUCACCGAGUCUUCACGAGAUUAAGUUUUGACGCGGGCUUGCUGAGCCGAAGGAGAGAGGGCGACGAAAAGCAACAAAAAAAGCCUGCCUGAGCCGUGAGAAGAGGUAGCCGACAUGGAGAUGCAUACAAGUCAUAUUUGGAUCUGGCUGGCAGUGGCCGGCGUGGCAGCAGUGUUCUAUACGACGACCCUCAUCGUAUACCGCGUCUUUUUCCACCCCCUAGCCAAAUACCCCGGCCCCUUCCUAGCCAAGAUCACCAACGCCUACCAGCUCUACCAUGCGUGGAAAGGCGACCGUCACCUGGAGUUCUGGCGCCUGCACGAGCGGUACGGCCGGGUGGUGCGCUUCGGCCCCAACAGCGUCUCCUUCAACUCGGCCCAGGCGCUCAAGGACAUCUACGGCUUCCGCACCAACGUCCGCAAGGCCGAGUUCUACGACGCCUUCGUCCACCCGGCCCCCAACACCCACAACGCCCGCGACAAGGACAUCCACGCCCGCAAGCGCCGCGUCAUCGCCCACGGCUUCUCCGACAGCGCCAUCCGUGAGAUGGAGCGUUACGUGCUCAACAACGUCCGUACCUUCACGGCCCAGAUCGGGGAGGGUGCCGCCCCCGAGAGGAAGGGUUGGUCGGUGCCCAAGAACAUGACGGAUUGGUGCAACUACCUCGCCAUGGACAUCCUGGGUGAUUUGUGUUUCGGCAAGGCGUUCCACAUGCUGGAGGCCCCGGAUAACCGCUUUGCUUUGGAUCUCAUUGCCGCCGCCACCAAACGACAUCUGAUUUGCGGCACCAUGCCCAUCGUCGACAAGCUCAAGCUCGACAAGCUCCUAUUCCCCAACAUCGCCGCCGGACGAGCCAGGUACAUGGUAUACAGCAAAGGCCAACUGACAGAGCGCACCAAGCUGGGCGAGGAAACAGACCGGCGCGACUUCUUCUACUACCUCCUCAAGGCGCGCGACCCGGAGACGGGCCAAGGCUUCACGACGCCCGAGCUCUGGGGCGAGUCGAACCUCUUCAUCAUCGCCGGCUCCGACACCACGUCGACGGCCAUGGCCGCCACGCUCUUCUACCUGACGCGCCACCCGGAGGCCCUGGCCAAGGCCACGGCCGAGGUCCGCGCCAAGUUUAGCGACGCAGAGGAGAUCCGCCAGGGCGCCGCCCUCAGCGGCUGCACCUACCUCCGCGCCUGCAUCGACGAGGCCAUGCGCAUGUCCCCUUCCGUCGGCGGCCUGCUCCCGCGCGAGGUCCUCCCCGGCGGCGCCACCAUCGAUGGCGAAUUCAUCCCCGCCGGUGUGGUUGUUGGGGUUCCGCACUACACUAUCCACCAUAACCCUGCUUACUACCGCGCGCCGUUCCAGUACGAGCCCGAGCGGUGGAUUGCGGGGGCGGGCGAGAAGAAGACCGGAUUUGUGGCUACCGAGGACGACGUGGCGCAUGGUCAGUCGGCUUUCUGCCCCUUCUCCAUCGGUCCCCGCGGAUGCAUCGGUAAGGGCCUCGCUUACGUCGAGAUGUCUAUUACGAUUGCCCGGACGCUGUAUUUGUACGACCUCCGUCGCGCGGUUGGGAUUCCCGAUCCUGGCGAGGGCCGCGUUGAUGCGGAAUGGGGACGGCAUCGCGUGGGGGAGUUCCAGUUGACGGAUACCUUUACCAGCAUGAAAGACGGUGCCAUGGUGGAGUUUAGGAGGAGGGAGUAGGUUUCACACUGCUGCGCUGCGAGGGGUAAUCGAGGUUAGAAUGGCAGGAAAGUCUUGUGUUUGGUUCCUGGGCGCAUCUUUAGCUGGUUCUUUCGGGUUACCCUUACGACUCCCAGUUGUUUGUAUACAAAUCAUAAGGAUAGUGAAUAAAAAAGAAGAAAAGUAAUCCAGCUGCU